AUGGCUUCCGUAGAUGUUCUUUCUCAGUGGGUUGAUGUUACAGUCCUUGGGGAGGAACCCCUGGUCGAUGCUGAGUUUAUCACUCAUCUUCGUACUCAUCACCGGCUUUAUAUGGCAAAAAGGAAUGCUCAAGAGUCCUACCAGAGGGUCCAGGAGGCCAAAGCGAAAUCCCGGGCUAGGUCCGGGGGUGCCAAGGCGGUCAUCUCUCCUCCUCCUCCCCCUCCUCCUCCUAAAAAUGUGGGUACUCCCUCUCAACCUAUUAUUAUUUCCUCCUCCUCAAGUUUGGCUCGACCACUCCCUUCUGCCCAACUACUUUCUGAGCCGGAGAAGAAGAAGCGCAAGACUUCAGAGUCUGGCCCUUCUUGGGAAGAAAGUUUUAGGGCGGCGGGAGUUUGUGGCAAACUUUUGGAUAUAUUCGAGAAGACUCCUCUCAGCUCUUUGGGGACUUCCCCAAAGGUUGAGGAGCUGGAGGAGAGGCUUCUCAUGUUUGAAAAGCAUGAGAGGGAGUUGAAGGUGGAGAGGGACAAACUGAGGAAGGAGAGAGAUGUCCUCCGGGAGAAGGAGAGCCAGCUGCAAGCCCAGUGCACUAUGGAGGCGAAUCUGAGGAAGGCAGCCCAGGAGAGUUAUCAAAGCUUAUUUAAAGAUAUGGUGGAGGUGAGGAAGGAUUUGAUGAACUCUCGGAAUGCUUAUACUGAGUUGGAGGACUCUAUCGCCGAGGGUGCCGAGGAGUCUUGGAGAAUUUUCUUGGAACAAGUCAGAGUCAUCGCUCCCGACUUGGACCUUUCUCCUUUACAUCCCGACAAGGUAGUUAUUGAUGGCGCUAUUGUUGAUCCUCCUGUCCCCGAGGUCGUUUCCGAGUCAGACCUAAAGACUCGGGGACAGAGGAUUAUAGAGUCUCCUCCUCAUUCCAAAGACGCUCCGAGUUCUUCAAUCCUCGCCCCGACUUCCUCUUCGGCUCCUCCUCCUGGUCCUGGUGGUGUUCCUCCUGGUGGUGGUGAUUCCUCUACUCUGUCCAAAAAAUGA